AUGUCGACCAAUCCAGAAAAAAACAGUCUCAGUGCGGACGCAACGCACCGCUCCGAGAAAGAGGUCGAGCACGAUGAAUCCGGACACAGGAUCACGCCGCCUGUGUCUGACGUGGAGGAGGAAUUCCACUUCACCAUCGGCAAAUUCAUGGCCAUCGCGGGCCUGCAAAUAGGCUACUUGUCCGCCGUGUUUUGCAUUCAGAUGGUUUCUGCCAUUCUGACCACAAUCAACGCCGACAUCGGACCCUCAAGCGUUUUCUCCUGGAUUUCCACCUCACAGGUCGUCCCUGUAGGAGUGUUCGGCCUUCUGGUUGGCCGCUUGGGCGACAUUUACGGUCGACGAUAUUUCAUUCUCCUCGGUGAUAUCUUCGGCCUCAUCGGCUGCGUGGUCUCGGCCACCGGCAACAAGGUCGACACUCUCAUCGGCGGAGGCAUCUUUAUCGGCAUCGCAUCUGCCAACCAGCAACAGGCAUGGGCAGCGGUCUCGGAGAUGGUUCCCAAGAAAUAUCGCGGCUUUGCCAUCGGCAUUUUCGAGUUGGCAUGUGCCCCGGCGGGCGCGUUUGGUCCCAUUAUGGGAAACGCAAUCGCCUACCACACCACCUGGCGUUGGGCGUACUGGGUCCCGUUCAUCCUGAACUGUGUCGCCUUCGUCCUGGUCUUGUUCUUCUACCACCCGAAGAAUCAAUACAUCCGGGAAGAGGGUAAGAGCCGUUGGCAGGAACUCCGCGACAUGGACUGGAUCGGAUUUCUGCUCUGCGGCGCCGGCCUCUGCCUGUUCCUCCUGGGAAUCUCUUUCGGUGGCAAUCUGUUGGCCUGGAAAUCCGGCGGCACCAUCUCCAUGAUCGUCCUGGGAGGCGUUCUCUUGAUCGCCUGUGGGUUUUACGAGGCAUACGUCGACAUGUUGUUCCCGCUGUUCCCUCCCGUGGUCCUGGGAAAGAUCCGCGGAGUCACGUUUGUUCUUGUGGGCACAUUCCUCUUCGGCAUGUUGUACUACUCUACCGCGGUGUUGUGGCCCCAGCAAGUCCAGGCCCUUUAUACCUCGGAUCUGCUCAAGAUCGGCUGGUAUGCAUCGGCGUUGGGUAUCGCGGGGAUCAUCUCCUCUCCGUUAUUCGGGUUUCUUUUCACGUUCGGCCACGCCCGCUUGCUGUUUAUCUUUAUCAUUGUAAUCGGCACGGUCGCGUCAGGAUGCAUGGCCAUUGUUUCGCCUAGCUCGAGCACUGCCUCUACUGUGCUGGUCGCCAUGGAGGGCAUCAGCGUCGGUGGCGGUAUGAUUGUCGCGACUGCCAUGGUCCAGUUGGCGGUGGAGCACGAAUACAUCGGUAUCGCGACUGCCCUGGCUGUCACUGCCCGCAACAUCGGUGGCUCUGUUGGACAAGUCAUCUACGUCAGCAUUUUCACCGAGAAACUCAAGACGAAUGUGGUCAAGUAUGUUGCAUACCCGCUCCUGGCCGCUGGCGUCUCGCCGAGCAUCCUUCCGACCGUCGUGGAGGCGUUUAGCGGCGCGGCCCCGAAGUCGGUACUGGCCGGACUCACGCCCGCCCAGCUCGAGGUUGGGGUGAAGGGAGUGCAAAGUGCCUUCGUCCACUCGCUGCGGAUUGUCUACCUGGUGUCGAUUGCGUUUGGUGUGGUCGGAACCGUCAUCGUCUGCUUUACCAAGAAUGUGGACGAGUAUAUGACCAACCAAGUUGACAUCCGACUGGAUGAAGGAGCCAAACUGAACGCGGUGACGGAUACUGGCGAAGGCCACAUCAUUCGGGUUGAGGAACAGGCGCUGCACCACACUCACAUCCGCCACCACGGCGAACAUGGCGCCCUCAGUCCGCGCCGUCAAGGGGAACAUGGCGCCACCACUCCGCGCCACGAGCCUGCGGACGCCGCUGUUUGA